AUGGCGGAGGCGGUGGUGGAGCUGCUGGAGCGGGCGGCGCGGCGGGAGGCGCCGCUGGAGGAGCUGCGGGCCCUGCGGCUCGCCGUGCAGGCCGUGCCACCCGCAGCCCUCCGCGCCCGCCUCAGCGACGACCACCUGGGAGCGCUCUUCGCCCUCCUCAGCGCCAAUGACCGGGAGCAGGUGUCUGCGUGUGUUUCCAUCCUGGAGAGGCUCCUGCAGGCCCUGGACCCGGUCUAUGUGAUCCAGAAUCUCAGAGAAGAGCUUCAGAAAGGGCUUUUCCACCCCGAUGACUCCGUGAAAAUCCUCACCAUAUCUCAGGUUGGGAGGAUUGUUGAAAAUUCAGAUGCUGUCACAGAAAUUCUGAACAGUCCUGAACUAUUACGGCAAAUAAUAAAUUGCAUUGGUGGAGAGAAAAUAGCAGUGGCUAAAGAGGCCAUCAAAUCGCUCUCAAGAAUAGCACAGACCCGAGAUGGCUUAGAGGCUUUAUUUGUGAGCAGUUUGUUGAGUGACUUGAAAAAUGUCAUGGCAACGAGUGAUAUUGUUCGAUAUAGAGUAUAUGAGUUAAUUGUUGAGAUUUCUUCGGUGUCAGCAGAUUCGCUAAAUUACUGUGCAAACAGUGGAUUAAUAUCAGAGUUAAUUGGAGAGCUGACGGGAGAUGAUGUGCUGGUCAGAGCUACAUGUAUAGAGAUGGUGACCUCACUGGCCCAUACUCCACAUGGGCGUCAGUAUCUUGCUCAACAAGGAAUUAUCGAUAAAAUUUCGAACAUCAUCGUUGGUGCAGAGUCUGAUCCUUUCUCAGGCUUCUAUUUACCAGGAUUUGUUAAAUUUUUUGGAAAUCUGGCUGUUGUAGACAGUCCACAGCAGAUCUGUGAACGAUACCCUGUCUUUAUGGAAAAAGUCUUUGAAAUGGCAGAAAGUCAUGAUCCAACCAUGAUUGGAGUGGCUGUGGACACCCUAGGAAUCCUGGGAUCAAGUGUGGAAGGCAAACAGGUUUUACAGAAAACUAGAAAUAGAUUUCAAAAUCUGUUAAGCAGAAUAGGGCACCAGGCAAAGAAUGCCCCCACGGAGUUACGCCUUCGAUGCUUGGAUGCAAUUUCAUCUCUUCUUUACUUGCCUCCAGAGCAGCAGACGGAAGACCUUAUAAGAAUGACUGAAUCAUGGUUCACAUCCUUGUCUAGCCAGCCAUUGGAACUCUUCAGGAGCAUCAGUACUCAGCCAUUCCCUGAUCUCCACUGUGGGGCUUUACGGGUAUUUACUGCUAUUGCAAAUCAACCAUGGGCCCAGAAGUUGAUGCUUGACAGCCCAGGGUUUGUGGAGUACAUUGUAGACAGAUCUGUGGAGCCUGACAAAGCUUCGAAGGAUGCCAAAUACGAACUGGUUAAGGCCCUCGUAAACUCUAAAACAAUCGCGGAAAUCUUUGGAAAUCAGUAUUACUUGAGGCUUAGGGCUUACUUGCGUGAAGGCCCUUAUUAUGUUAAGGCAGUUUCUACUACAGCUGUGGAAGGAGCAGAAUAAUGUCAGUGGUGUCUUGGUUCCCCUUCUUGCAAACCAUGUUACUGAAGUAAGUGUUAAGAUAUAAGGUGUAAAGACUCUCCACACUGGAGUCUCUUUAGAUUGUCUCUUUAAAGGAUUGUGAAGCACUUUGACUCUAUUUUGAAAUGAGAGUCACGAGAGCAAAUCAAAACCUAUAGGGCACAGCAUAUUUUCCCAUAGAAUGUCAUGGCAGAAGUUCUCUGUGUACUGUCGUGAGACAAGUAACCAAGGUAAGCACUCUGUCAACUGCUGACUGUGUUUUAUUUUGCAGAAAUUAUCAGUGUUUGGUUAAACUGUUCUUGGAUUUGGAGUUCCUAUCGUGUUUUCUCAGUAGAUCACAGUUCAAUUAAAAAAAAAAACAAACCACCAAAACACCUCGAGGUUUGUAACCUCAGAUGCUGCCAUAGUUUCUCUCUUUUUUUAAAAUUUUUUUGUAUCUGCUGAACUUGGCACUUGCAUGGAACGUACUCUUUUAGCCAGUCCUAUUCUGUCAGAAACCCUGUUGGUAAAAAUAAGCUAGUAACAUUCUGUCCACAUGAGGGAGUAAGAACUGGGUUCUCUUCUAUUUUCAACUUGCUGGAUGUAAGUCUUGCUUCAAUAAAUAAUCCUAAAUAUUGUUUACAUUUUAUGCUGAGGAUGAAGAAAAGCUUUUAGCCCUUUUAAAAACAAAUGAAUGCACGCUCUAGUGCAUAAAACCAAAAUGGGAGCUUUGUCUUCCUUGUUGACUGCGACCUUGUAUGGCAGCUCAGUUUACUUGCUCAAAAGGAGCAUGAGCUAUAGCACUACAAGUCUACUUCAGAACCAAAUCUUAAAUUGUUUACACUAUUUUUAAACAGAUAAAUUUUUUUAGUUUUAAGUGUUAUUUAAAAAAAUGUAUGAUUUUAGUUGCCUGAGCUAGAAUAAAAGGGGUAAGAACAUAAAGCUUUCAUGUUUUAAGGGCAUGAACGGAAUUAGGAAUAUGGAAAUGUAGUACCUUACGAAAUUGUGAUCUUCUUUUGAAGGUGGUCAGCUAGCUGUGGAUGAGAUGCAAGACUAGCUGGACACUCUGGUGACAUGUGAUGUGUCGUUGUCCAUUAACCGAGACCACAAUGUACUUUAUACAAAAGGUUUAUAUUAUUUUUAUUGAGGACGUAAGAAACAAAUCUGAGGAAUAGCUGGGGGGAGCAUAAUAACACAUGAAAUUACUGCUUUGGGGCUUAUUUUAGUAGUGUGUCAGGUCAGGUAUACCUCUAUGGAAAGUACUCGCCCUAUGUCCCCGCUCUGCCAAGUGAAGCAGGAUGAUCUAGUCAUGCCGUAACGCUCUUCUUGCUUGUAGUAGCUUUGAGCUGCAGCAGAGGUGAUGGUAUUGCCUGCCAAAAACUGCUGGCAAGGCGUCGAAGUGGGCUCAGAGGAGCAGGGUAGUUGGGGAAGAUCCCUUAAUGUUUAAUAAGCUAUCUGAAUGCAGGCGAUCUGCCUUGUUGCUUAUGAUCUCAUAUGUACAAAAGUUGUCAUCCAGCAUUAUACUACUGCUGAUGCUUUCAUCCUACAUGUGCAUAAUAAACAUCUGCUGGCGAGAAAUGCGGUACACAGCGUCUCAUUUGUGAACGGAGAGAGCACAGAAGCUUCAUGAAUCCUGCAUCCAGAAAAAACAUGAAAGCACUAAAAAGGAAACGAAAAAGAGCACACGAGUCCUUAGUUUGCGCUUGUAUUGGACAGUUCAGCUUUGUUAUUUUAGGUGGCUUUGUGCGCUGGUAGCUCUGUAUGAGCCGUAUACUAAAAAUCUCAGUAAAAGAAAUCAAUAUA